AUGUCCAGCAGCAGGUCGGCCUCGUCGGCGGCCGCGCGCCCCGGCGUCUCGACCGCCUAUCACCUUCCCACCCUCUCGCCAGAGUCGAACAAGAACCUCCUCUCGCUCCUGCGCCUCAUCAUCAUCUUUCUCAUCGCCGGCGCCGCCGUCUCUUCGCGCCUCUUUGCCGUCAUCCGCCACGAGAGCAUCAUCCACGAGUUUGACCCCUGGUUCAACUACCGCGCCACCCGCGUCCUCACCACCGACGGCUUCUACCGCUUCUGGAACUGGUUCGACCCCUCGGCAUGGUACCCGCUCGGCCGUGCCGCCGGCGGCACCGCCUACCCCGGCCUCAUGAUCACCAGCGGCGUCAUCUACAACUUUUUCCACGCCCUCAACAUCCCCGUCGACAUCCGCAACAUCUGCGUCCUCCUCGCGCCCGCCUUUAGCGGCCUCACCGCCUGGGCCACCUACAUGUUCACCGCCGCCAUGAAGGACGACGCCUCCGGCCUCCUCGCCGCCGCCUUUAUCGGCAUCGCGCCCGGCUACAUCUCCCGCUCCGUCGCCGGCUCGUACGACAACGAAGCCAUCGCCAUCUUCCUCCUCAUGAUCACCUUUUACCUCUGGAUCAAGGCGCUCAAGGACGGAUCGGCGCUCUGGGGCACCGUCACCGCCCUCUUUUACUUUUACAUGGUCGCCGCGUGGGGCGGCUAUGUCUUCAUCACCAACAUGAUCCCGCUCCACGGCUUCGUCCUCCUCCUCAUGGGCAGAUUCAGCACCCGCCUCUACGUCGCCUACUCGAGCUUCUACGCCGUUGGCACGCUCGCCAGCAUGCAGGUGCCCUUUGUAGGCUUCCUCCCCGUCCGCACCAGCGAGCACAUGGCCGCCCUCGGCGUAUUCGGACUCCUCCAGCUCGUCGCCUUUGUCGAGCUGCUCCGCUCUCACGUCUCGUCGAACCAGUUCAAGCUGGUCCUACGCGCCUUUGUCGCCUUCAUCGCCGUCGCCGCCUUUGCCGCCCUCGUCACCCUCACCUACGCCGGCUACGUCGCGCCUUGGACCGGAAGGUUCUACUCGCUGUGGGACACGGGCUAUGCCAAGAAGCACAUCCCCAUCAUCGCCUCGGUCUCGGAACACCAGCCGCCGGCGUGGCCCGCCUUUUUCUUCGACCUCGAGAUGCUCAUCUUCCUCUUCCCCGUCGGCGUCUUCCUCCUCUUCCGCGAGCUGCGCGACGAGCACGUCUUUGUCAUCAUCUACGCCGUCAUGGCCAGCUACUUUGCCGGCGUCAUGGUCCGCCUGAUGCUCACCCUGACGCCCGUCGUCUGCGUCAGCGCCGCCGUCGCCGUCAGCACGCUGCUGCAGACCUACCUCGACCCCAAGGAGCCGAUGAGCGACGACGAGCUCGCUGCCGACGCCGCCAGCGGCAAAAAGGCGGCCGCCGUCGAGGCGGCCAGCCUCGCCGAUGCCGUUGGCGCCAAGCCGAGCAAGAUCAAGAAGGCCUCGGCCGUCGCCGCCGCCGCCGCCGAGUCGUCAUCCGGCACCGCCACGCCCGUGCUGCCGUCGGAGCCGCCCUUUAAGACCGACAACUUCUCCAACCCGCGCGUGGGCGUCUUUGGCCUCGACUCGCGGCUGCUGGUGACCAUCUACACUCUGGUGCUGCUGCUCGUCUUUGUGCUGCACUGCACGUUUGUCACGUCGACGGCCUACUCGUCGCCCUCGGUGGUGCUGGCGUCGCGCAACCAGGACGGAUCGCAGCACAUCAUCGACGACUUCCGCGAGGCCUACUACUGGCUGCGCCAGAACACGGCGAGCGACGCCAAGAUCAUGUCGUGGUGGGACUACGGCUACCAGAUCGCCGGCAUGGCCGACCGCCCGACGCUGGUCGACAACAACACCUGGAACAACACCCACAUCGCCACCGUCGGCAAGGCGAUGGCGUCGCCCGAGGACAAGUCCUACCCCAUCCUCCAGAAGCACGACGUCGACUACAUCCUCGUCAUCUUUGGCGGCCUCCUCGGCUUCUCGGGCGACGACAUCAACAAGUACCUCUGGAUGAUCCGCAUCGCCCAAGGCGUCUGGCCCGACGAGAUCCGCGAGGCCGACUACUUUACUCCCCAGGGACAGUACCGCAUCGACGACGGCGCCAGCAAGACGAUGAAGGACAGCCUCAUGUACAAGAUGAGCUACUACCGCUUCAACGACCUCUUUGGCGGACGCACCGGCACCGACCGCGUGCGCGGCACGCCCGGACCCAGCGUCAGCCCGACCAUCGACAUCCUCGACGAGGCCUUUACCAGCGAAAACUGGAUCGUCCGGAUCUACGCCGUCAAGAAGCCCGACGUGCUGGGCCGGGACCUGCACAGCUCCAAGGCGUUCGAGAGCGGCAAGCGGCGGAAACGCGCCGUCGACCUCGCCACGCCCUCGUCGGCGAGCGCCGGCAGCGGGCGGAAGGGCAAGAAGUGA